AGUUGGCUCGGCCGGGCGCCCAAGGCGCCGGGCCCUUUGGAGUGACCAGCGCCCAGCGAGGGAUGGCUGCGCGGGAGUCGGUGCGGCGGCGGAGCGUGGCUCUCACAUCCGACCCGGCAAUGCGGGAGAUGGCGCACUUCGUGGGGAGCCACAGCCACGACCAGCGGCUGCAGGAUGCGGCCGACCUCCGCAGCGGCGUCCUCAAGGAUUUGCCCGACAACUUCCGGAAGGAGGUCGAGGUCCUUCGCCAGGCGGAAGCCUUCGAGGACAACCGUCCGCUGCCCGUCACGAGUACGGGCCUGCUCGACGGGCCCUCGGUGGACGCACGCCUGGCCUGGCGCCACGAGAUGGAUCGACAGGUGAAGCGGCUCAUGCAGGACACGCACUUUGCGCUGGAUGACCGCAUCAACGAGGAGGUGAAGCACACGCUGCGGGUGAAUCACGCAGACCGGAUGUAUGACUGGUACGGCAAGCACGGGAUGAAGCAAGCCCGGAAGGAGCGCGAGGCGCCGGCGCACUUGCGCUUCAACCCCGAGGACAGCGUGAUGCCGGGGUCCCUGCGCCGGCCCAAGGAGACGGCCCCGGCACUGCUGGGCACGGCGUCAACGCCAGUGCCCACGCUGACCAUCGAGGUGCCCAAGGACGAGGAGGUUGCCGCGAGGCAACCUUCGAGCCAAGUGGGCAACACCCUGCUGGCGGCGGGCCGGAGCUUUGUCAAGCCCGUCACCCCGAAGGUCUCGCCAAAGCGGGGCGCCACCAAACCCGGCACCGCUGGCGAGAUGGGCCACACACGCACGGGGCUGUGGCGCAUCUGAGGCGAAUCCCUGGGCGCGAAAAGGAUCGAAAGGGAUGGAGGAAAGGGUUGGCUACUCGGGUCCCUACUGUGGAUGGACAGCAUCCUGCACCACUUUGGAACCAUGGUUGA